UCUACCCUUUCCAUACUUCUCUAUCCUCGCGACCCUAUUCGCACUACCGCACAUUCAAUAAGCUCAACUGAGCAAUAGAACCCAAUCGCGUUCUCUUGACACGUCCUUGACACGUCCGAUCGCUCGCGAAUUACUCUUGAACUUCAAGAAAGGUAAGUACUUUCCACUUCAUUACAUUCCUUCCGCCCAACCCUCCACCCUACUAUCGCUUCGCAUCUUCAUCUUCAUCUUCAUCUUCAACUCCCACUUCAACUCCCGCUUCAUCUUCACCUUCACCUUCAUCUUCAUCUUCAUCUUCAUUCUUGUCAAGUACCGAGGCCGAUAUACCCUUCGCCUCAUCGACGAAUGCUUCCUCUUCUUCCUAUCAUUUCCUAUUCAUAUCUAUGAUAUCACAUCCUUACUAGGUACUUACCUACCUUCCUACCUUUCGAAGUGUCACUUAGGUUAAACACCUACACCUUCCUUCCAUCCGACACUCAGAAGAGCUCUCGCCAAUUGCCUAAAUUCAUCCGCGCUUUACGCAACAUCUUCUUCAUUAAUCAUACUGACUCCCGCCUUCUAUAGAUAUAAAUAGUAACAGUCGUCAAAAUGUCUGCUACUUCCGUUGUUCCCUCCAACAACGCUGGCCUCUCGGCCACCAAUGAAAUGGUUCAAACCGACACUCUUGGCGCUGAUAUUGUAUUUCACGCCGCCUUUACCACUCAUACCAUUCCCGACAUCUCCCCCGAUGCCGGCAUUGUAGGCCUCUGCGCCGUCCCCAAGGAGCGAGCUGGCCGAAACGACCUAGGCUGGCACAUCGCCAACUUCCUCGCUUUCAAGGCUCUCUUCUGCGGCGAGACUCAUCCUCGCGCCCAGACCUGGCUCUCGCAGUGUGACAUCGCCAGAAUUGUUGAGGCCAGCCCCGAUGAUUAUGCGCAUGGAAAAGAUGGCCGCCUUGUCGAUGGCGCGGCACAGCCUUCCACUUACCUUGAUCAGGAAGGCAAGACAUGCUACCGUAAAGAUGAAAUUAAGGUAGUACAAAACGGUCAAGACCUUAUGGCCGAAUUCACUUCAGCGCUUACGGCCAAGCACCAGGUCGCUAAGGCGAAAGGAGUGCCCUUGGUCAUUAUUGCCUGUGGAUUGACGAACGCAGAGCAAGAUAUCUACUUCGGCAAGGUAGAUGCCACUUACCGAAUCACCACUGAAAAGCUUCGUCAACUACUUGGCCCUGAUGCGGAUGUCAUCCUGAUUACGCCCGCGAUGUUCUCCGCUGGCUGGACCAUCAACCCUUUCCUCUGCCGAUCGCCAGUCGGACAUGUGCAAGGCGACGACUUGGACUUCCUAGCACGACAAGUCGGUGGCGCUUUUGCGCUGAAGAUCAGUACCCACUUCCUUGGAUGGAAGUGCCCUCUUCUCGACUACGAACGACUGAGCCCAGCGGACAGAGUAGGAAUUUAUCCUGGCCCUGAAAUUCCUACUAAGAAGCAGCACGAACACUUUAAGGCCCUGAAGCAGAAAAUUCACAGUGUUAUUAUUGGUGGUUUGUCUCCGAUCCACGGGGACCACUCCUUCUACUUCGAUGCCGAAAAUGAUGAUUGGGAACAGCUUGUAGGUCCUCGCAAGUACAAGCCUCUGAGCCACUAUGAGAAGAAGUGGUCGGGACUCAAGACACGUACCGGUGCUGCUAUCAAUGAGGGAAUAUUCCACUUCCUAGGAAAUGCCUUUGGCGGCAAUGCAAAGUCACAAGCCAACCACAUAAAGCACCUAAUCCAGGAAGCCUUUGAGUCCUGCCCUGGAGCGUGGAGAGGCUAUGGUGUCAGGGACACCUACAAGAAGUUACUCGAGAAGGCGAACCCAAGCGAAAUGGAGCUUCACGAGGUUUUCAACGCGAUGGAGCACCGAACUGCAUUGACAGUUCUAGCCGAUCUAACCGUCGAAUACCUCGACUUCCAACAGCCCUCCCAGGUCCGAUGCCGAGACUGGGACGAACACGCAUGGAAGAAGGAGCUUGCAAAGGCUGAGCUGAAGGAGGAGUGCGACAUCUAUGGGACAAUCGUCGACCUCUUCCCCCACGUGAACUUGCCUCCAGAGAACCGCCGCAACCGGUUCAGUAUUAUCCAGCGCCGACUUGAGACUCCCGCGCAAUACCUAGCUGCGGCCCUGCACCUUUCGCAACCUGAUACCAUUCUGGACGCGAAGCAGCUUAUGUCCAACUUCUAUCAUGCAAUCACGGCCCACCAGACGAAGCUGGUACUCAGAGAUGAAGAGCUGAACAAGCUCUGCGCGGUCUGGUUGGAAGCGGUUCACAUGCCAGUUCGUGUACCAGGUAGCGAGCCUAGGAGCAUCGACUCGGUCCAGGGCCCAAGCACAGCGCCCUCAACAGGCAACGUUUCCGAGCUGGACGAGACCGAAACGCGCACUGAGUUCAGCGAGAACGUGGCCCAACCCUAUAGCACCACGGCCACUGUAGGAAGUUCAACAGGUGCAAAGGGCAAGUCGAAGCUGUCCCAGGUCAGCUACAUCGACUCCCCGAUCGCCGGGAAGACUGACGUUUCUCCUAUGACACCAAAAGUCCAGGCCGGAGCAAACGACGCAAUCCCUACUGAUCAUCUCGACCCAGAGUACAUGGAACGGCUGCGCACGGCCAACCCUCACACCAUGAGGGAUGUCUUGGACAAGGAAAAGGAUGCCUUGCUCGACGAGAUUUUCCAGGCGGACAACAGAAUUGCAGAGUGCAAGCAGAGGCUCAGGGCCAACCAGCAGGCCUUGAAUUACAUGCUCAAGACAAACGAGAACGUCGCGAAGGUGCAAACGCAUGCUUCGACGAUCUCGAGCGGAUGGGGUUCGCCCCAUGACGGGCCAUCGGAAGCGCAGAAGGGUGACCACGAGAAGGCCGGCGAGGAAGUCAACGGGGACAAGGCUGACAAGGGCAAGGGCGUUGCCCGACAAGACCUAGAGAUUACCGGCGAGCAGACUGACGGCGAGCAAACCGCCGAUGAGCAGACUAAUGAUGAGCAGCCCAUCAUCCAAGAGCUCGUUAUUCCCGAGCCCGCCAUUCCGGAGCCUACUAACAACGACGACGAGCUCGGCAGCGGGGAACCCUCGCCCAUCUCCGGCCCUCUGCCCGACCGUACUUUCACGGCCUCACCCCCAGGAGGAGCUGGCCUAUCCCGCGGCGCACGCGCAGGCACUAAACUGUAUAUCCCCCCGCAUCUCCGUUAACUGACCCCCAGCUAAAGUGUGUAAUAGGCGUUUGAGUAUGUAAUGAGUGAAGGCUUAUACGAUAGCUGGUGAUGGGGAUGGAUACUUGGGGUAUCUUAUGGCGGGGAUUUGAGACUUGAGAUUUCA